UGUCCUUCUGUGUGCGUGCGUGUCCUCAUAUUUUGACACUCCACCUGUGCGUGUCCCAUAUAAAAGUCGUCCUCACUGCUGCACCUGUCAGUCUGGUGUCUCUCCACGCCCGUCCUCUCCUGUUCUCUCCUCAGUGCAGCACCCAAACUCAGGUAAUCGUCAUGGCGAAUAGAAUGGUUGUGCAGCAACCUAAGCCGGUUCUGUCGUCACCCGGUGCAGACCAGUGGUCAACCAGCAUCUGCGAGUGUGACAACGUGAACGACUGCUGUUUCGCCUUCUGUUUGCCCGCAUGCUUCGCGUGCAUCACAGCGCGGGACCAUGGGGAGUGCCUGUGCAUACCGAUGCUGGACGGUUGGGGGCUCAUCCCCCCGAUCACACUCUCAAUGCGGGUCUCCCUGCGUCGCCAGUUUGGAAUCACAGACACCAUCUGUAACGACUGCAUAUACGCCUGCUGCUGUGGACCCUGCUCCUGGUGCCAGAUGAGGCGAGAGAUGAAGGCUCGUCUGCAUCCUGUCACCCUCAUCAACUACCGGGCACAGUAACCAUGGCAACUGUCGAUGCCCCCCCCCCCCUGCUCCCCCAAAAUCUCCAUCCAUCCCCUGAGACAGUCGGAAUGAAAUCUUCAUCACCUUCCUCGCCUAGAUCCCGCCUUCUUCCUGCACUCCUCAUCGUCGUCUGCUCGCGACCCAGUUAGGUGUCAGUGUGGAACUCGACAGACGCCUGUCACUCCAGCCCCUGAUCUCCUAUCAGCUGUGCCAUGUCCAUGGAGAGACGAAUACCAGCUGGUAUCUCUGUCCUGGGAUCAGAACAUGUCUGAUGGGGAGUGGCUGUAGGUUGCAAGAACACAUCACUGUUCAAGUAUGAAGACAGAAUUUUUAUCAGCAGAUCAUGCAAUGUGUUGUUCAGAUUGUUCAUAUGAUUGUGUGCAAUUUUUCUUAGUUGUUUUCCAUUUGUUUGUUUGUUUUCUAUUUUGUUUGUUUGUUUUCCAUUUUGUUUGUUUGUUUUAUAGUUUUUACUCAUAUAUUUUGUUUCAUUCUGUCAGAAGCAAACAGUGCUGCGUAGUUGUACAGAGCUAAAUUAAUGUCUUUUAAUGUCUUAACUGAGAGUAAUUUUGUUUCUAAAAAAAAUAAAUAAACAUAUUUUCUCCAAAA